AAUGAGCGCGGCCGUUAUUACGAGGUGGGCUGUGUUCCCGGAAGCGGGUCGAAGGGAGCUCGGCUGUUCUUGCGCGCUUAGCCUUCUGAGGGGGCUGCUGCAGUAUGACCCUUCACUGACCCUCUCCGGAAGAAGCACAACUUCUCCCCUUCAGUUACUCAUGUGCAUUCUGUUCUUUAAGUUUGACCCGCGACCUGUUUCCAAAAAUGCAUACAGGCUUAUCUUAGCAGCUAACAGAGAUGAAUUUUAUCACAGACCGUCAAAAUCAGCUGACUUCUGGGACGGCAGCAAUGAGAUCCUCAGCGCAGGUUUGGAUAUGGAGGAAGGAAAAGAAGGCGGGACGUGGCUUGGAAUCAGCAAGAAAGGUAAAUUGGCAGCCCUGACGAACUACAUGCAGCCAAAGAUAGACAAGAAUGCAAAAGGAAGAGGUGCCCUCGUGACAAAUUUUUUGACUUCAGAUCUGGACAGUUACUCUUACUUGAAGAAAGUGGCCUUAGAAGGACACCUUUACAAUGGAUUUAAUUUAAUAGCAGCAGACUUGAACACCACCAAAGGAGAUGUAAUUUGGUAUUACGGAAACAAAGGCGGCCCAGAACCUGUCUUCUUAAAUCCCGGGGUAUAUGGCUUGAGCAAUUCUUUGCUGGAUACACCAUGGAAGAAGCUUCAGUAUGGAAAGCAGCUUUUCACGGAUGUCAUCAGGCACAGCCAGGACCUUGUGAAGGAAGAUCUGGUGCAAGAGCUCAUUAAAGUGAUGAAUAACCAAGACCCUCAGCUGCCAGAUCCCGCAAUUGAGGAUCAAGGAAAGGACUACAUCCUCCCCAUCUUGAACAAGUAUGCAGCUGUAUGCGUCCGCUGCCCUGAUUAUGGAACCAGGACAAAUACAGUUAUUCUCAUUGAUGCGGCAGGUCACGUCACCUUCACCGAGCGCACCAUGCUGAACGCGGACGUCGACCAGUGGAAAACGAGCACCUACCAGUUCAAACUGCAGAUUUGACAGCUCUCCAUGUGAAUGGGUCACACCGAAAAGGGGAGAAGGGGAGGUUGGCAAAGUGCAGUCUAUUGAGCUGUAGGGGUGCGGAAGGCCUUGGCUGCAGCUUUCAUACAGCAGAGGCUUGUUGAUGCUGCGUAGCACGCCCUAGCGACCACCAAAACAAUUUAUUUAUUUAUUGCACAAAAUCCAAAACAGAAAAAUCUGAACAGGAAAAGCUGGGCUGUAUUUAAGAAGCAAACCACAUUUUGCACAAGUGUACAUGUUUGACUUUUGAAAGGGAUGCUGUUAGGUAACACAGUUACGUGGCGCAAGUAUUUAACUUGAGAAUCAUGUGUGUGGAAGGGGAUAAAUAGGAACUGUGGAUAAUCAUGGACAGCAUUUCCUGUUUGCUCGGUCAAAGGGGGAGGCAGAGUUGGUAAACUAAAAUGCAAAUCUGUAAA